CUUCAACUUCAACUUUGUUAGCUAAGGUUUCUUAGCAACAAUAUUUAUAAUUGUUAACCACUUUAUAUAGGAAAAUGUAACCACAUUCGUUAUAGUGUAUUACAAUAUAGUAUAUUAAACCCAAUCGAUCAACCCCGACCUUUCCGAGCAUCCCUCCACAUCAUCUCGCGCGCGCGCAACCAACCCGGCCGACCCCUCCGUAACCCCAGCAUCAUCUAUACGCCACCAAUCUCACCAGCAUCACCACCAACCAGCGCAGGGAAUCUUGGUACCAUGGCGCGGUCUCGCAUUCUCUGGCGUUUCUUGCCCUUCAGCCGCACGGCGACGCCGCUGCAGGCUACGACGUAUCUCCUCGGUAUCGCGCUCUUCAGCAUUUCCUUCCUCGUCUUCCUUAACUCGGCUGUCUCGUUUGUCAUCACGGACCUGCUGGGCGUGAAGACGGGCGUCGGCGACAUCGUCGGUACCCUAGGCUUUGUCGACGAGGUCGUUGCGCUCGUAGCUUGCCCGGCUUGGGGCCUGGUUAGCGAUCGUCUGGGCGUGCGCUGGGUCGCCGUCCUGGGGUACGGGAUUAUUGCUAUCAGCCUGUUCUGCUUCGUCCAGGCCCGCGAUGUGUAUCCUGAUUUAGUCAUUGCGCGGAUCGCGUUUGCGCUGGGCGCUACGGCUGCGGCGACUAUGGUUACGGCUAUUUUGCCUGUGCUGACGAGUGACGAGAAGGUGGGUGCGGAUAGCGAGGAUGGGUAUGACGGUGCGGAUGGAGGGGACGGGGAUGCUGCGAGUGCUGGUAGCGCGGGCUCGAGCAGGAAGUCGAGUCAUCAUCAGAGGGAUAGCGUGGCUAUGAGCCUCGAGAGCGACGCUACGAUUACUCCCGAGAUAUUUACCCAGAAUCUAUCGCGUAAUCGGAGGGGCAGCGAUGAUUCGGGGGACUCCUCUGACACAUAUGGCAGCGUUGAGAGUAAAGGUGGCAGACCAUCAGCUCUCGCAGGAUAUGUAGGCUUGUUUACAGGCUGCGGGGCUUUGGUCGCUCUAUCUCUUUUCCUACCGCUGCCGACACGAUUUUCCAGGAAAGAGGGCGUCACGCCCGCGCAGGCCAUCACGCACAGUUUCUAUGUCGUUAGCGCCGUCGCACUGGUCGUGGCCGUCUUCGUAUUCUUCGGCCUCCGCGGUCUACACGGCGAGGAAGGGAAGGGAUGGCGCAUGCUUCUUGGUUUGCGCAGGCCACAAGACGCUGCGGGACCCAAUGGUUCCUCUACAGGAAUUUCCUCUUCGUCGCCCAAACCGCUCCCAUAUCAUAAGCUUUUGAUCUCAUCGCUUCGCCUUGGUGCGACGGACCCGCACAUUGCACUGGGAUAUCUGGGGGGCUUCGUGGCGCGUGCGAGCACCGUCGCCAUCUCGCUUUUCAUACCGCUCUAUGUGAACGCAUUCUUCAUCGGCAACGGGUACUGCCGUGGCUCGCCGAAUGACCCGUCGCCCGACCUGAAAAAGGAAUGCCGCGCUGCGUAUGUCUUAGCCUCGAUUUUGACUGGUGUUGCGCAGCUAGCCGCUCUAUUGUGCGCGCCUAUAUUCGGGUAUGUCAGCAGGAAGAGCGACGGGGUCAAUCUACCCCUUGUAUUCGCCUCCCUGCUUGGUUUCGUGGGAUGGAUCGCGUUCCCGCGACUCCAGAGCCCCGAGUACGCUAACGUGAGCGACCGCGGCGGAAGCCCGGCUGUCUUCUUGGUGAUGAUACUCGUCGGCAUCAGCCAGAUCGGCGCCAUCGUGUGUAGCCUCGGGUCCCUAGGCCGUGGCGUUCUGGCUGCCGACGUACCUGUUAUAUCUAAUGACGAGGAAGGGAAUGGGAUCCCGCGCUCCAACGACGACGCCGAGACAGACGCCCUUCUGGGGCAAGAAGCUGGUGGAAGCAGCAGCAGCAGCAGUGAUGUUAGUCCCAGACGAAAGGAAGGGACACUAGUAUCCCGUGUGCAACUGAAAGGCUCUAUCGCGGGCGUUUACUCGUGGUGCGGCGGCGCUGCGAUUCUGCUCCUGACUAAACUGGGGGGUUACCUGUUCGACGUGGCGUCCCGCGGGGCCCCGUUUUACAUGAUGGCUGUCUUCAACGGCAUAUUGUUUGUCGCGAGCAUAGCCAUUGGGAUUAUCGUGAGGAGAAGUAAGCAUACGAGUAGUAGGUCGUUGAGUUUUUGAAAAAGGAAUACAUAGGGCUAAAAGGAGUAGAAACGGAAAGGGGUGUAGUAGAAUCCCUACGUUAGGUAACUUUUGCUAUAUAGUAGUACUGUGGUGAGGUGAGGUGAGCGGUUUUCUCGCAUUGUAAAAUAGGUAAUCACGGUGGUCUAACUGUUUCAUAUACUCGUCCUACCUAGUGUUUGGUUUUGCAUCAUGGCGAGUUAACUAGGCACCUAAGGUCGUCUCUAAAACGGGAUUCAAUUUCGGCCUUGCAUUUUCUUUGCGGUAAGGUUAGUUAUAUAUAAUCGGUUAUCUAGCAAGUCCUAAGAAACAAGUCAUUCUAGCGAAGAAGUGGUUGGAUGUCCUCUCCUAAUAAAUUAAUAGUAUAGACUCGAUACGAGCGCUAGGCGUAAAGGAUAGCGUUUGAGCGUAUAUCUCAAAAGAUCA